GCAGGUAAGGGAGAGCGGCGGCGGCGGAGAUGGUGUCGCUGAAGCUGCAGAAGCGUCUGGCCUCCAGCGUCCUCAAGUGCGGCAAGGGCAAGGUCUGGCUCGACCCCAAUGAGGUCAAUGAGAUCUCGAUGGCCAACUCGAGGCAGAACAUCCGGAAGUUGGUCAAGGAUGGUUUCAUUAUCAGGAAGCCUCAGAAGAUCCACUCCAGGUCUCGUGCAAGGAGGGCAAACGAAGCCAAGCAGAAGGGACGUCACUCAGGAUAUGGUAAGCGCAGGGGUACCAGGGAGGCAAGGCUCCCCACCAAGAUCCUGUGGAUGCGGAGGAUGCGCAUCCUGAGGCGUCUUCUGCGCAAGUACCGUGAGGCGAAGAAGAUCGACAAGCACAUGUACCAUGAAAUGUACCUGAAGGUCAAGGGUAACAUGUACAAAAACAAGAGGGUCCUUAUGGAAAGCAUCCACAAGUCCAAGGCUGAGAAGGCAAGAGAGAAGACCCUUGCUGACCAGUUCGAGGCCAAGCGCGCUAAGAGCAAGGCAAGCCGAGUGAGGAAGAUUGCCAGGAGGGAUGAGCGGCUUGCUCAGGGCCCGAAGGACCAUGCAGCACCACCAGCAGCUGCAGCUCCAGCUCCAGCGCCAGCUGCAGUGGCACCAAAGAAAGCCAAGAAGUGAAAGGUUUGAUAUGAAGCUUUAGCUUUCUGGUACUGUGAAGGGUUAGCCUAAUUUUGGAGCAUCGCAAGUUCGGAACAGUUUCUGUGCUAUAUCUAAGUGUUGGUGUCUCAGAUACCUUAAAUAUCAUAUUCUGUUUGUUCUGUUGGAUGUAGCAGAGAUUUUUAUGAAGAGUUUCCUUAAACUGUUAAA